CAGACUCCAGCAACUUCAAUCAACCUAGGUAUUCUCUUUGCGCCACCGCCUUGCUCUCUGUCCCCCGAUGUGCUCGAGAUGAUCUCGUGGACGUCAAUUGAGUAGUUACGUGACUGUCCGGAACUUGGGAAGACCUAGCUGCACGGCUGAAUCGCUACCAGGAUGAGUAACCCCGUCAAGGCGGCCCAGUACCUAAACAGAUUGGACGACGCGAGGAAUGAAGGAAGAUGGGAUGAAGUACCCGAACUGGUUCGCAAGGUGCGCAAGCAUGCCAGCGAUCGAGCUUGCAUCACCGCCGCUGCCGAGAGCGAAUACACUGUCUCCAAAGCUUCCCAGAAGCAAGCUGCUGCUUCAAAGCCUGCGAUUGCCCUCACCCCUGUCCCCACCGCUGACUUAGAUGCUGGACCAUUGCUGUCCAAGUUACUCCAAGUUAUCGAUACUGAACGUACACACCCCCAAGAUAGAUUUCAGGCUCAAGUCUGCGCAGGUUGGCUACACUGGACUGCGGGCGAGCAUGAUCAGGUUCUUGCCCGUCUGCCCACCGAUCAAGAAAAAGAGCUCCUCCCGCUGAAUCAACCUGAUGGGGUAUCGGAAUGGACGCGUGUAUGUGCGCUCAAGGCCACAUAUCUCCAGGCAGACUGCCUUUCUCGGAUCAACAAGACGGUCGAGGCGCUUGGCGUAUUUAAAAGUGGCUUACAAUACUUAACACACCUGUGGACUGGUCAGAAGGGUCGUGCGCAGCUACAGCUGUGGGCCGAGCUGCUGCUCACCGACUACUGCAUGCUGCAAGCUCAAGCUCUAGAGAACGGCCAAAAAAGCCUCGAUGAUGAUGAUUCUUUACUCCCUUUCCGCUCAUGGGCCAAGUACUGGGAAGUUACCAAGGCGCAGGGGGUUCCUCUCGUUGGUGGUCACGGCUUCCCAGGUUCGGUACCGCGACGGAGAGUAUGGAACGAGUAUUAUGCAGUUAUCUCAAGUGUGCUCCAGCAAGAUCUACCUCAUUCAACAGAUUAUCUAGGUAAUCCUACGAACGAGUCCUCCGCUCGCACUCAACUGCAAAUAGAGCUGAAAAAGGUCGAAGCUGCUUACGAGGCUCUUCUGCUCAGCGAGACCACCUUCCCUCGAGCCGAUGAAGAGAGAGAAGAAGUCGAGAGCUUUGUUUCCGGAGUGAUGAGAAAUUGGAGAGUCUCUGUAGGCCGCGAUUGGCAGGAACAUGAUAUUGGCUCCGGUGGUAAAGAAGGCCUCAGCCGCGGCGUGUUGGAACUUUUGUACCGCGCGGCAACCAAAACUUUCCACUCUACUGCUAUUCUUCGACAUCUCUUCACCGUUCAUUUAGCUGUCGCGGAAUUUGACCUAGCCUUCCAUGCUUUCAACUCAUACAUGGAAAUUGUGAAGAAGAGCAAAGCCCGUGUCGACAAAACUGGCCAUCUCGAACCAAGCCUGGAUGACGAUGCAACAGAAUUGGAAACCAUCUCUCAGGCCAUAAUCGCUCUGUGCAAGUAUGGACUCCAGGACGCUGCUGAAAAAGCUCACAAUCUAGGCACUGAGUUGGAAGGAAUUCUUCAGAAAUUGCCCAUUCCGCUCCCUAACAAUGGAGCCAACAUUUCUACUGUAGAUGAAGAAAAUGGUAACGGUGUUUUGCAUCCAAGAAUCCCGGCUCGUGUUUAUGCUUUGGCUUGGCAAGCCAUUGGUCUAUCAGAGGCCUGCUGGUCUCGGGUAACUUUUGAUGCAACUGUAAGGGCUGACCUCCAAACAAAAGCUAUUCGAAGUCUCCAAAAAUCACUAUCGCCAGAAAUUGGCAACCCUACAGAUAUUCGAUCUUUGUUUACCCUAAGUCUCUUGUUGGCAGAGCAAAGGGAAUUAACUGCAGCUAUAGAUAUUGUUAAGGCUGCAUUAUUGUCUACCAAGAAGCCAGCGGACCAGAAUAUGGAUACUGGCUCAUACUGGCGUGAGAGAUCUCUUAUACCUUUGUGGCAUCUCCUGGCACUUCUUUUGAGUGCCAGGCAAGAUUACACAAUGGCAGCACGCGCUUGUGAAGCAGCAUUCGAGCAAUUCAAUGACCCAGAAGUACUCUUUGGUUCUCAUACGUUGCAGGGCUCAUUCCGAAGCGAACACCUUAAUGAGGCUGAAGCACACGAGAAAAUACAUGCUCAUGGUCUUGUGGAUGAGAUGGAUGAUCUUGAGAAGGAGGGCAUCAUUGAAGUAAAAAUGACGCAACUUGCGAUUCUAGAGUUACUAGAAGGACCGGAGAUCGCAGUCAACGCCAGCCAAGAGCUCCUUAUUCUAUACACCAGGCUAUUUGGAUCAAUGCAGUCAACAUCCCUCACAAUAUCUAAGCCAACAGAGGCCCCCAGGAGCUCAGCUGGUACCCUUCGAAGCAUAUUUGGCAGCAAGUCGGACAAAGGCACCAGCCAGUCGAGAAGGAAAAGCCUUCUCGGUGGUGAAAAGUCUGGCAGUUCAGCAGAAAGACCCCAGACAACUCAAACUAUUGUGGGCCGCUCUGCUGCGGCGCCAAUUAUAGAGAUUACCAAGGAAAAUGGUGUGACUAGUGAGUCGACGCGAUCUACAAGAUCUACGAGUCUUCGUGGGCGGCGUAGUGAUUCAACGCGCCGAAACAGUUUGAAAAAACGAGACGGUAGUGUGCAGCAACAGCGUGCACAAAGUAGUAGUGGUGUGCCACAUGAACCCACCGUCGUAGAUGGCGAAGAUUAUUUUACCCCAGAUCUUCCUACAACCACCGACCGACAGGGUUCCUUCGGAUGGAGCAGUAGAAAUAAUAGUAGCCCACAAUCAUUUCCGAAGGGUCGGGGCUUACUGCGAUUCGAUUCAUCUACUCCUUCGGCCAGAGGAUCAAUAAGCGGAUCUGACCUACCUGUACUAGACUCAUUAUCGUCGCCUAGUCCUUUGCCAGCCAUAAAGUUUCCUGAAAGUCAAAUCGAACGACGGCGGCGAACAAUGCUAAUGAAAGUAUGGUUGAUGAUCGCCUCGUUUUAUAGGCGUUCCAGGAUGUAUGGUGAUGCUAGAGAUGCGAUCCACGAGGCCAAGAUAUUAGCGGACAGUCUUGAGCUCGAACUAUCCAAAGAUACCAGUGGCUCUGUAACCCCAGUGAACCCGGGCUGGGGCGGUAAGAUUUGUCUUGAGGAGCUUCGAGCGGAUGUAGAAGCUGAGAUGGGUCUCCUCGCUGUUGAUGAAGGUACACCGUAUAUCGCUAGAGCUUACUUCGAAGAAGCUCUGAUGCAUUGUCCAGAUCACCCAUCUGCCAUUGUUGGGCUAUCCAAUAUUUUAUUGGACAUAUAUACCGAAGAUAUAUUGCCACCUUCCGCAAUUCCUAGCAUAACUGGGGAAUCAAUCCCAAGAGAAACUUUUCAGAGCUCAGCCAAGUCCAAAAGCUCGACUCCAGGGAUGGUAGAUGCUUCCAAUGCUCGAUUAGCCACACCCUUAGGACUUGGCGGCGAUGUGCGUUGGGAGGUGAAGGCAAUCGAUACCCCUUCCCAAAAAUCCUCAGAACCCCUUGUUACAGACGAGCUUCCUGCUCCCUACAAGGCAAAAUCUCUACCAAUCAUUGAUCGCUUGGCCGCACGAGACCGAGCGUAUGGGCUGUUGUCUGGGUUGACUAAACUUGGUAAAGGAUGGAACUACUCAGAUGCUUGGUUUGCCCUAGCAAGAGCACACGAGGAGAGUGGACAACCCGACAAGGCCAAGGAGGCGUUAUGGUGGUGUAUCGAGCUUGAAGAGGGAAUGAGUAUUCGCGAAUGGCAUUGCAUUGGCGUUGGGUACUCUCUUUAGAUCGAUACACGUCAUGCCAGCAUCGAUGGAGACUCUUGUCAUGUAUGCCUUCUAAGGUGGGCAACAAGGCGUUUUUCAAAACGAUCCACUACCAAUUGAGUCUCAUAGGUAGAACGCGGUGGCUAUGUUUUUGUUUUACGACCUUAGCAUAGCGUCAGGUAGCAUGACGCUAGCAAGCUAUUGUUCUAGGCCCUACGAUGAUACCCCCAAUACGCAAAUCUGAUUCCCUACACGUCUUGUAAUACUGAAUAAUGCAGAGACUUGGGAUUCCUUUUCUCAAGAUGA